UCAUAGAUCCAACUAUCCCAGUACAAUUAUUAAUGUCAAUAAAACACAAUUUAAUCACAAUUUAAAGGGGGUAAAAGAAAAAAGAAAAAAGCAAACCAGAAAGCAGCAUCAACUCAAACACAGUGUUCUCAGCUCAGAAAAGAUGAACGAAAAUCAGCAAUCACUUCUGCUCGAAUCGGCCGCUCGUUUCCCUCCUCCCAAAGGGGUGAGGCUGUCUUAUGGGACAGCUGGCUUCAGGGCAGAUGCAUCAUUGCUCGAAUCGACAGUAUUCAGGGUGGGGAUAUUGGCGGCAUUAAGGUCGCUGAAGACUGGAUCUGUGAUAGGUUUGAUGAUUACUGCAUCACACAAUAAAGUAUCAGACAAUGGAAUCAAAGUGGCAGACCCAAGUGGUGGAAUGUUGACUCAGGAUUGGGAGCCUUUUUCUGAUGCCAUUGCUAAUGCCCCUGAUCCCCAUUCCCUCCUUCAGCUAAUAACUGAAUUUGUGAAGAAAGAAGAAAUUGGCUUUGAAGGAAGACAGCCAGCAGCAGAGGUGUUAUUAGGAAGAGACACAAGGCCUAGUGGAGAGGCUCUCCUUGAGGCUGCCAAACAAGGAAUCACUUCAAUCAUUGGAGCAAUUGGCACCGACAUGGGAGUAGUUACAACACCACAACUGCAUUGGAUGGUUCGAGCAAGAAAUGGAGGCCUGGAGGCAUCUGAAUCUAGUUAUUUUCACCAGCUUUCAACCUCUUUCAGGUGUUUGAUGGAUUUGAAGCCCGAGGGAAUCAGCAAGAAUGGCAAUGAUGCUACAUUGCUGGUGGAUGGGGCAGAUGGUGUUGGUGGGGAAAAGCUUGAACAGUUUAAGAAGAUGUUGGCUGGGUUGUGUAUUGAAGUUCGUAACAGGGGAGAUGGUAUACUUAAUGAAGGUGUUGGUGCUGACUAUGUGCAAAAAGAGAAGGUUGCUCCCCGUAGCUUUGGUUCUGCCGAUACUGGGCUAAGGUGUGCCAGUUUGGAUGGGGAUGCUGAUCGGCUAGUCUAUUUCUCAGUUCUAUCGAAUGAAAACAACAAGAUUGAACUCGUUGACGGGGAUAAGAUAUUGUCUUUGUUUGCGUUAUUUAUCAAGGAGCAACUAAGUAUUUUGAACGAGGGUGAAGACAAGAAAGGAAAUGACUCUUAUCAAGCACGUCUAGGUGUUGUGCAGACAGCUUAUGCGAAUGGCGCAUCAACUGAUUACCUGAAAGAGAUGGGUCUAGAAGUUGUGCUUACCCCAACAGGAGUCAAAUACUUGCAUGAAAAAGCUGCUGAAUUUGAUAUUGGCAUAUAUUUUGAGGCGAAUGGGCAUGGAACUAUCUUGUUUUCAGAAGCUUUCCUAUGCUGGCUGGAGACUAGUCACAAGACGCUUCUAUCAACGUCAGAAGGUUCAGUGAAACAAAAAGCUGCUUCAAGACUUUUGGCUGUCAGUCAGUUGAUUAAUCAGGCUGUGGGAGAUGCUUUAAGUGGACUGCUUCUAGUGGAGGUUAUCCUGAAAUACAUGGGAUGGUCCAUACAUAGAUGGAAUGAGCUUUAUCAUGAUCUGCCUAGCAGACAACUAAAGGUAAAGGUUGUUGACCGAACUGCAGUUGUGACAGCAAAUGCGGAGACUGUGACUGUUCAGCCUAUUGGUAUUCAAGAAGCUAUGAAUGCUGAAAUAGCAAAAUAUCCCCGAGGAAGAUGUUUCAUUAGACCGUCUGGGACAGAGGAUGUUAUAAGAGUAUAUGCUGAAGCAACCACCCAGGAUGCUGCAGACGCGCUAGCCUCUUCAGUGGCAAGACUUGUGGAUCAGUAUCUUGGUUUUGGCAGUUCUUGACUAACUCACUAACAAAGUAAUUAGUCAAAAAUUGAGGUUUUAACUACUUUUAGCAGAUUGAAUACUGAACGAUGUGACAACAAAUCAUUGACUUCUUUCUUUUUUGGGUGUUAGGAGACGCGAACUUAUAUACUUGUUUGGCCAUUUUGGAUCAUGCAAUAUGCCCCUCGACUCCUCUUUGUAGAAUUGUUGGAAAAACUUUGGGAGACACUGAAGCUAAUAAUGUUGUACUUCAGCAUAUUUUAUACUGCUUUUGAUAGUAGAAUUUGCAUCUUCCAUU